UUCCCAGUUGAGAGUCAGGAAACUUGGAAAUUAUUACUCGGCUUUCUCGUAUUGAGACAUCUCUACGUUGUGAUAGAAUAAUAUGUCGGAAUCAUACGAUAGAGUGCACCGAAGUAAUCUGGCGUGCACUGCUCUGUUACAAAAUAAUGCAGUUAUUGGCGAUAAGUUAUCGCAGUUGUGUAUAUGAGCUCGAAUGCGUCAUGAGUAUAAGGCUACCCGUAUAUUAGCCAUGUCUUCCGCUAGCAGCUUGAGGGGGUCAUUCCCUCAUCUACCAACUGACCACUAAGGAAAGAAUCAUUGAAGUCAGUUGAGUCUUCGAGUGUCUCGCAAUCGCUUUUUCCCAAUGUCCUUGAAGACGAUCAUCACUAUCUUGGGCAUCUUAUCGAUGGUUCAGUGCUUCCCACCUAGCCCGGAGUACUGCACCGUUCCGAACGUGAACUUCACGACGACUAUCUUCUUCCACGUAGGCGCUCCAGACUUGCUCGAGAUGCUCUACUUCUACAAGCAGGGAGGGAAGAAGGGCGCUAACGUGACUGGUACCAUUCCUUGGACAGUUGAUGAUAAUACUACCACACUAUUCAUGAAUACCACUAAUGCAAACUUGACUUACUUCGCUGACCUCAUGCACUUCAAUGUGACCGAAUGGGGUAGGAUUCCCUACAACGACACCAUAAAUGCCUUCACACUGUCCGUGAAUGGGACUCCUACUGAAGCAUAUUCUGGCAGGUGUCCGAAGGCUCGCUAGUUUCGUGUAAUGUGGUAGAUCGCUCAUGAGCAUCUCAUUACUCCGUUUAGAUUUUUGGAGGUUGGCAGAAGGAAUUCAAGUUCUUCCCCGAAGCUAUUUCAUUUCACUCAAUAAUUUCCCCCACUCGGCAUUAUAGAAGCAUCAUUGGUUUUUCGGGUCAGGUGUGGCCGUUCUGUCGAGGCUAUAUCUUA